AUGGUAGGUGUUUUUCGGCGUUCAGUUUCAUUUCCAAACAAAAAUCCCAACCGUCCAUCACAAAAACCACAAAUAUCACACCACAUCAGAUCCAUAAGUCUUCCCUGCCGAUCUCAUCCGUUAAUUUCCCAGAUCAAAGAUGAGAUCAACGGCCUAAAAUCCUGGACUAAUUCCACUUCAAAAUCUCAACCACUAACGUCCAAAAACCUCUCCAACGGUUUAACUCUUCUCCAACAAACAUACGAAACUUUUCAAGACAUUCUCCAACUUCCACAAACCCAAGAAUCACUCCGUUACCAUCCUCAAUGGGUGGAGAACCUUCUAGAAUAUUCUCUUCGCUUCGUCGACGCUUAUGGAAUGUUCCAAACAUCGAUUUUAUACCUUAAAGAAGAACAUUCCUCAGUUCAAAUUGCUAUAAGAAAGCGAGAUGAAUCAAAGUUAGUUAUAUAUUUAAAAGCUAAGAAGAAGUUGAGUAAGGAAAUUGAGAAACUAGUUUCUGGAAUCCGUUGUGUGAAUCUGAAUGUCACACAACAACAACAAUUGCAUGUUCCUGUUUAUUCAUCUUCACCAACGUUGUUGUCAGUUUCAGAUAGUGUUGAACUUGGACGUGUGAUUGAAGAUGUUAUGAGUUUAACGGUUUCUGUAUCCGUUGCAUUUUUCAACGGGGUAGCAAUGUCAUUUGCUUCGAAGAGAUUUUCAUGGGUGAAAAUGGUUAGAAAAGGUGGGAGUGUGAAGAAGGAGUUAGAAGGGAUUGAAGAAAUUCAGAAGGUUUUGAAUGAGGUUGAAAAUAUUGGGAAUUUGAAAAAGAAAGGAGAUGAAGAAGUGAGAUCGGUUUUGAAGAGAAUGCGUGAUUUAGAGGAAAAUAUUUGUGGUAUUGAAAGUGUUAGUGACAAAGUUUUCAGGGCUUUGAUCAAUUCACGUUUUCUACUGCUCAAUACUCUUACCUUGUCGCAGUAG